CUCGACUCAGGGGAAACACACAAUUUUUCCAAAAUACUACCCCUAUUCUAGUAAUACAAAGCUAAAUGCAAAUUGGUGAAGUAUUCCUUUAAAAUGCAGUAUUUAGCCCAUGCAACAAAGGUUUUUUUUUAAAAACAAUUUUAAAACAAUUUGUGUCCAGCUGCUACCUUCUGUAUUUCAUAAAUGCGCCCACUGGCCGCUGUGUUAGGUUAAGAGGACACCAAAUACAGUUGCAGGAGUGGCACCUGGUGUGUGAUCAGAGUUGAACUUCAGUUUGUCUUUAUUGUAAGUGGAUAUAUUUGAGGUUGUUGUUGCCAUCUCAAACCAGUCUGACCAUUCUCCUCUGACAUCAUUUUCUCUUUUUCGGACCAUUCUCUGUAAUCUCUGGAGAUGAUUGUGUGUGAAAAUCCCAGUGCGGUCUUCUGUAAAAACUCAGUCCAGUCACACCAACAACCGCUCAUAGUCACUUCAAUCACAUUUGUUCUUCAUUCUGAUGCUCAGUCUUAACCAUGACUACAUGACUACAUGCACUGGGUUGUUGCCAAGUGAUUGGCUGAUAAAAUCAUUGUGUUAGCAAGCAGUUAAACUGUUGUACCUGAUAUAGUGGCCAGUGGGUGUAUAUUCAAUAUACCAAGCACACAUACAGAGAUAAGACCUCCAUCCAUCCAUCCAUUCACGCUGUCAUGAAACCCCAGCCAGGUCCAGCUGUUUGGACCACAGUUCCGUGUCUGUUCUUCCUGGGUGUCCCCUCAGUCGCUCUCCCUGGGGGGGGGAGCGGCAGCUAAGACCUCCUCCAGCACAUCAUCAUCAUCAUCAUCAUCAUUGUCCUUCACAGACCCAAAGCCUCAGCUGCACUUUUCCUCUCUGCUUUUUUUUAAAAAUAGGCUGAGAUAUCAGCUUGGACAGCUAAGAGACCUGGAUGCACCUUGGGGAUUGAGGAAUGUCUUUGCAAUUCCCAGAUCCUUCAUAUCUGUUUGAGUCCAUUUGAGUACAUUUUUUUUUUUCUUGUUUGUGCGUGUGUGUGUGUGUGUGUGUGUAUGUGUGUGAAGAUAGAUCUACUAUUAACUGAAGACGGGAGCUUCUGUCCAGAUGAGAGAGUGGACGGAGUUGGAGAUGAGCUUUUCAGCAGGGGGGUUUCUCUCUGCCUCGGAUGGUUACUGCUCCACCGAGCAGCUCCAGUACUACGACAUGCUGGCUGACCCACUGGGCUUCCCCCUGCAGGACCCUGACCUCCAGCUGCUCCCUUACAGCCAACAACAAUACAGCUCAGCCAACUUGCCCUUCUCCCUCUACAGCUCUCCAGCCUCCACUACCUCCUCACCGUCUUCCUCCUCGCAGUUCUGCCAACCCUCGUACCACUACAACUCUCAUUACCUGGAAGCCCCCUGUGAUCCCAGUCCAGACCCCUACUGCGGGGGUCUGGUUCAGGGGCUCGGAGCAGUUGGACUUCCUCUGGGCCGGAGGUCACGGGUUGGAUCAGGAGGGAAGAGCAGAGGUCAGGACGAGCUGUGUGUGGUGUGUGGAGAUAAAGCAUCAGGGUAUCACUACAAUGCUCUCACCUGUGAGGGAUGUAAAGGUUUCUUCAGGCGAAGUGUCACUAAAAACGCUGUGUAUCACUGUAAGAGCGGUGGAGCCUGUGAGAUGGACAUGUACAUGAGGAGGAAGUGCCAGGACUGUCGGCUGAGAAAAUGUAGAGCUGUGGGAAUGCUGGCAGAGUGCCUGCUGACGGAGGUGCAGUGUCAGUCCAAGCGACUGAGGAAAGGAGGUAAAGGCAGAGGACAGGACGAGGAGGAGAACACAGACAGCAGGAAGGUCAGCUCCACCAGCAGACUACCUGGACAGGCUUUGACUGUCAGUUUAACCCAAGAACAGAAGUACAUUGUGGACAGGAUGGUGGAGGCUCAUCGACUGUAUAGAGCACAGAACAACAGCCACAUUAGAAUGUUUGAGCGGCCAGACACAGAGGAAGUGGAUGGACUGUGUGAUGUUGUGUCACCUCCCCUGGACAGACUGCUGCUGUUUGCCAGGACAGUGCCAGGGUUUGACAUCCUCGAUUUUUCAGACCAAAUGUCUCUUCUGUCCGUCUCGUCGCUGGAGGUCAUGUUUCUCCUCUCGGCUCAGCAGUUCUCCACUCACCCAACAAGCCCGUGUCCAGCCCUGCAGGUUUUCAGUCCAUCAACACACAACUGGUUGAGAAAUGUAGCAUCAAAGGAAAACAUCCACAGUCAAACGAUGGGAAAUUCAGGAAGUACUGAGGAUCUCUUAGGGCCAGUGCUCAACUUCUUCCACAGCAUGAAGACGCUGCGGGUGACAGAGGCCGAGUACGGCCUGCUCACCGCCACAGCUCUGCUCUGCUCAGACCGAGCGUCCCUACACGUUGCCAGCUGUGUUGAGAAAAUGCAGGAGCUGAUCCUGGACCUGCUGUCCCGAGUGUGUGGGGCCCAGGCUGGAGCUGCACGAGGGGGACCACAGCGGUUUGGUUCCCUGCUGGGAAGACUGACGGAGCUCCGGACCCUGCGUCAUAAUUAUUUCCUCCUGACAAGACAGCAGCCUGGACCUUGAUGGAGAGAAACGUCAACCUCUGUUUUCUCUGAGGAGUUUCCUGUCUUUGCUUUAGGACUAAAAUGCUCACAUGAGCUGAGAAAAUGUGAUAUUUUGUAAAUGUUUUUAGGAGUUUUAAUCACAUAUUGAUGAGCUGUUGGGAAAAACAGACCCAGAUCAUCCACCACUUUCUCAAUUUUAGCCUCUGAAUGUGCUGAUGGUCUCCAGUGGUUUGUAUGAGCAAAGCAUUGUUUAUAGAAUUUUUUUUUAAAUAUAUAACUGUUAUUUUAGUUAAAAUGUUAUGCUUAAAGUACUUUUUAUUAUGUCGAGUACUGUUAAAAAUGCAGACUGAUCUAACUCAACCUUUUAUAACUGAAAAACAAAAAACAAAAGUGCAACAAAGUAUGACAAAUAUUUUU